AUAACAGUGAUAUCACGGCAGGGGCGAGAUGAGUUAUACUGCCCUUCACUGACCGGUACUACCCAACCUGCCAGGUGUUAAUCGAAAUUUGCAGCAUUUCUACAGACACACAUACAGGAAGAAGGACCGAUUUUUCAACUGAGGGGAGUCACUGUCACUUUCUGAUAUUCUGUUAAGGUGUAAGGGUGGCAUGAGGAUAUCGCCCUGACAGACAGAAUAGGCAUCAAACCUUCACCAUGGAGAAUCCAAACUUCUCGAGCGGGUAUGGCAGGUUUACUGACAUGGGUGAAACCGGUUCCACCCCCCAAGACAAGCCGGUACACCAACAGUUACAGGAAACGGGCUCAGCGUUCACGUCCCCGACUGACGACCAGAUGUUUCACGUGAGCGACGACAACUAUGGGAUAUUGGAAAGAGGCCGAGACUACGAACCUGUUUAUGUCACUCACAAGUACACGGAGCAGGAGAAGGCAACUCUGGCUUCCUUCGAGAGCUUGGAUUAUCUCCCCUCACAUAGCCUUGUGUACAAGAGUUGGAUAAAAAAACAAGUUAUCGGCAGACUGGAGAUGGACCGCUGGCUGAUGAUGGGGAUGAUCGGCUUCAGUGUCGGUUUCGUUGGCUUCCUGCUGCAUCAGCUGAUCGAGGUCAUUGCCAAGGUCAAGUGGGAUACCAUACAGACGUUCCUGGACAAGGAUCAGAUGGGACUUGCGUGGCUGUUCGGCGUCGCCUACAGUGUCAUCUUCAUCACCUUUAGUGCCGGCAUCGUUGUGUUCUGGAGACCAAGUGCAGGUGGCUCUGGCAUCCCGGAAGUAACCGGCUAUCUGAAUGGCACCCACGUACAUCAUAUCUUCAACCUCCAGACAAUGAUCGUCAAGUUCUUGUCAUGUGUGGCAGCGAUUGGUUGUGGGAUGCCGGUUGGCCCCGAGGGUCCUAUGAUCCAUUUAGGAGGACUGGUCGGAGCUGGGCUGAGUCAGGCGAGGUCAGAGACAUUCAAGUUCAACGCGCCGUUCUUCAAGAGAUUCCGCAACUCAGAAGACAGGAGAAACUUCGUCUCCGCUGGGGUAGCCGCAGGGGUGUCGUCGGCGUUCGGCGCCCCGGUAGGUGGGCUGCUGUUCGCGAUGGAGGAGGUGUCGUCGUUCUGGACCACGGCCCUGUCCUGGCAGAUCUUCUUCUGUUGUAUGAUCUCAACCUUCACCACCGACCUCUUCAACUCUGCCUUCGACGGCUUCAGCUACACUGGUAGCUUUGGCGAAUUCAAGCUGGAGAGAUACAUUCUGUUCAACAUUGAUAAGGGUGUUAACAUAAACAUCCUGAUGUUCAUCCCUACGGUCGUGAUCGGCAUCAUUGGUGGCCUCACAGGCGCCCUCUUCACCAUCAUCAACCUCAAACUCACCCGCGGCCGGAAGCGACUUCUGUCAUGGAUCAGUAGAAAAUGGGCACAGAAGGCUUUCAGACUAGCGGAACCUGCUUUAAUAAUGGUGAUUGUAACUACCGUGGUGGUGUUUCUGCCCUCGGCCUUCUCGUGUUCCCACUACAAGUGUAUGCAGGCGGAGACUGGGCCUAUCGUAAUAGACUGUUUCAACGAUACCCGGAGUGCACUGCACGUUGAGCCGGCCGUCAUGACCUACACUUGUGCCAAAGGUCACAGCUGGCAGAUCAGCCAGACCACGUGGUACACCAACGGAACAUACAGUGAAUUGGCCUCCCUGUUGUUCGGGACUCUGGAGACAGCCGUGAAGCAUCUGUUUUCUCGAGGGACCCACGUCCAGUUCGGCUACGGCACGCUGUUUACAGCCUUCCCCUACUUCUUCCUGGCUGUGUGCUGGUCUUCUGGAACCUCCGUGUCCUGUGGCAUGCUGGUCCCCAUGUUGUUAAUCGGCUCCCUGUACGGUCGCAUAGUCGGUAUGAUCCUGGUCUCAAUGUUUGGCGUCCACAUCGAGACUAAUGGUUACUGGGCGUGGAUGGACCCGGGAGCCUUCGCCCUCAUCGGGGCCGCCUCCUUCUUUGGGGGCGUGUCCAGACUGACCCUGGCUGUCACUGUCAUCAUGAUGGAGCUGACUAACGAUGUGCAGGUUCUACUCCCAGUCAUGGUGGCGGUGAUGGUGUCCAAGUGGGUGGGGGACUACUUCACCCAUCCCAUCUUCCAUGCGCAGCUGGAGCUCAAGUGUAUCCCCUUCCUCGACACAGAGCCAAAAAUAACCAACAAUGGAAAACUGCGACUGGACAUGUUCUAUGCCAAGGACAUCAUGUCCACGCCCGUUGUGAGGGUGCAUCAAGUGGAGGCCGUGUCCGUCAUAGCAGACCUGCUUCUGACCACCACUCACGGGGGAUACCCUGUGGUCAGGGUGGACAGACAAGGACAGGAGAUCUUCCAUGGCUUAAUUACUAGACUGGAGUUGAUUGUGUUGCUGAUGCAUGACGAGAUGUUCCAGGAAAAUGAUGAAGCUGUGCCACACGAUGGAGAAGAAGUCAAACUUGUCAACUAUGAAAAGCUGAUGCUCGAGAAGUUGUCCAACCCAAAAGUAACCUUCGACACCCUACAGAAGUACAUUAACGAAGAGGAGUACAAGGAACGCUACAUAAACCUGAGUCCGUACGUCAACCAGUCAGCCUUCACAGUGCCAGAGAAGUUCUCUCUUCACCGUACGUACAUCGUUCUGCGCACACUCGGCAUGCGCCACCUGGUGGUGACAGACGAUACUAACAGGGUAGUUGGCUUCAUCACACGGAAGGACUUGAUGGGUUUUAACAUCGAGGAGAAACUGAACUCAAUUAUGGAGAAUCAGAUUGAGAUGGACUCUAGACAAGAAACACUCAGCAGUGAAUCGUCCUGACCCCCCUGAUAUAUUUAAAUUACUUUGUUUUAGUUGAUUGUACUGGUAUAGAAAACCACGCUUGACUUCACUGGUUAUCGUGUACAGUGAAAACUCGUUUAUCCGUAUGGUAGCGGUCCGGAUUAACGAGCUUCCGGAUUAUCAAGUGGUACGAGUAAUGUUAAGCUGGGCCCCGUCUCGCAUAUGGCAAUAUAGCUUUGUCCCAAAGUUACGCGCGCAAAGGGAGCCGGGAACCAGCUUAGAGUAAUGUCACCUAUUGUACAUGUAAGCGUUGUCAGCAGUAAUGUUCCUGGUUGGGGGGUUUAUGGAAUAACAGAAUACGAAUGUAAAGUUUCAGUGUAUAUUCAAACACAAGGGACUCCAAAACAAUUAUUUAUUUCCAGUAAAAUGCCAUAGGCCCAAAAACACAUUUUGCUGAAAAACAACCUAUCCAAAACAAUUACUUGUUAAUCCAGAACUCAAUUUAUACGAUUGGAAUAACGCCCUCACGAUUAACAGGGUGAUGUUGUAAUCAGUGUUUAGACUAGCGAGCCGAAUAUCGAAGAUAUUAUGAAGAUGAAUAAUUAAUUAUUUUACCGGAUAGGUGAAUGAACAAUCACCAAGUCUGAUUUAGAAUGGUUAACGUUUUGCUUGCAGUUUACUAAUGCUUUUAUAGCAUCUUUUUAACAUCAUGAUUACACGUUUUACAACUUUGUACAAAUACACGUGGACGGGUGUAUCAGCUCUCCUUGUUGAAAGUAAACACAUGAAAGUGAAGAGUGAAUGUAUUUGUUAAAAUCAAGAACAGUUUUUUGUUUGGAUGCAAUGGGUUACUUGAUACACAUCAGUUAUUUGUAGCGUGAUAACAUUUUUUGACUGUUUUGAAUACCAUGCAUUUCCAGUUACUGUAAGCUGUAUGUAAUGCAUUUAUAUAUAAAAUAAACUGCAAACCUUCUG